GGAGUGCGGUUUCAGUUUCGGUUCUCCUCCCCUCAGACCUUUUUUGGGUAGUUACAUCUGCUUUAUUUUUCAGCGUAACAGUGGGUUUCCAAGCAGACGACUCAGGACCAGACCGCGGGCAGCGAACUUGGCCUUGACGGCGGCGCCCUGGCCCGGUUACCAUGGCAUCUGGAGUCAACAUGGAGGCCCCCAUGUGUAUAGUGGAAAACCAGGAUGGGCAGUUGAUGGUGAAUCCAAAAGCACUGGAAAUUCUUAACCAGAUAUCUCAGCCUGUGGUGGUGGUAGCCAUUGUGGGAAUGUAUCGUACAGGAAAAUCCUACCUCAUGAACCGCCUGGCAGGGGAGAAUCAUGGCUUUCAUUUGGGAACUACAGUGAAGUCUGAAACCAAGGGCAUCUGGAUGUGGUGUGUGCCCCAUCCUUCCCAGCCAAAAUUCACCUUAGUCCUUCUAGACACUGAGGGCCUGGGGGAUGUGGAAAAGGGAGACCCUAAGAAUGACUCCUGGAUCUUUGCCCUGGCCGUGCUUCUGAGCAGCACCUUGGUCUACAACAGCCUGGGCACCAUCAACAACCAGGCUCUGGAGCAGCUGCACUAUGUGGCUGAACUAACAGAGAUAAUUAGGACAAAAUCCACUUUGAGAGCUGAUGAAAUAGACGACUCGGAUGAAUUUGUGAGUUUCUUCCCAGACUUUGUUUGGUGUGUGCGGGAUUUCAUACUGGAGCUGAAGUUAGAUGGAUGUCCCAUCACAGAAGACGAGUACCUGGAGAAUGCCUUGAAGCUGAUUCCAGGCAGGAAUCCUAAAAUCCAAAACUCCAACUUGGCUAGGGAGUGUAUUAGACAUUUCUUCCCAAAGCGGAAGUGUUUUACCUUUGACCGACCUACAAAAGAAAAAGAACUCUUGGUCCAUAUUGAGGAUGUGGCAGAAGACCAGCUGGACCCUAACUUCCAGGUGCAAUCUGAAAACUUCUGUUCCUAUAUCUUCACCUGUGCUAACCCCAAGAUUCUGAAAGAUGGAAUCCAUGUCACCGGCAAGCGGUUGGGGACACUGGUGGAGACCUAUGUGGAUGCCAUCAGUAGUGGAGCAGUUCCUUGUUUGGAAAAUGCGGUAACAACUCUGGCCCAGCUUGAGAAUUCUGCAGCCGUGCAGAAGGCAACUGACCACUACAGUGCACAGAUGGCCCAGCGACUGGUGCUCCCCACAGACACGCUCCAGGAGCUGCUGGACCUGCACACAGCCUGUGAGAGGGAAGCCGUUGCAGUUUUCAUGGAGCACUCCUUCAAGGAUGUCAGUCGGGAAUUCCAGAAGCAGCUUAUGGAAACCAUAGAGAAGAAGAAGGGAGAAUUCUUGCUUCAGAAUGAAGAGGCAUCUGAUAAAUACUGCCAGGCUGAGCUUAAGCAGCUCUCAGAGUCCCUGAUGGAAAGUAUUUCUAGAGGGGCUUUCUCUGUUUCUGGAGGACACAGUCUCUAUCUAGAAGCAAAGAGAAAGCUUGAACAGAACUAUAAGCUGGUGCCCAGGAAAGGUGUCAAGGCAAACGAGGUGCUUCAGAGCUUCCUGCAGUCGCAGGUGGUAGUGGAGAAGUCCAUCCUGCAGGCAGACACAGCCCUUAGCACCGGGGAGAAGGCCUUAGCAGCUGAGCAGGCCAAGAGGGAGGCAGCUGAGAAGGAACAGGAACUGCUAAGACAGAGGGCGAAGGAGCAGCAGCAAAAAUUGGACGCUCAAGAGAGAAGCUUCCAGGAGAACAUCACCCAGCUGAAGGAGAAGAUGGAGCGGGAAAGGGAGGACCUCGUCAGAGAGCAGGAGAGGAUGCUGGAGCACAAGCUGAAGAUCCAAGAAGACCUGCUUAAUGAAGGGUUUAAAAGGAAAUCUGAGGAGUUGAACACAGAGAUAACACAACUAAAAGAGAAGAUAGCUACAACUAAAAGAGAUGGAGAUCGCUCGUGGGCUGCACGGCUCGUUGAUGGCGUUGGCAAUGUGUUAGUCUCUGAGGCGCCAGGUCCUGCUAAGCUCUUUGGUGUGUGGAUGAAAACGUUGAGCACACAAAUGAAAUAGGCUGAGAAUUCCUGUUAGGAAACUGGGAGUGAGUCUUCUUUUAUUAUUCUGUGACCCGGAAGUUGUUUUUUAAAGAAGUUCUCAAAUAAGAGUGAUUACCUGAUAUAUCAUGGUCUGCCAUACAAAAGACAAACUUAACAAUGACCAAAUUAAGUGAUGGGAAAUGAGUUUAAAUAUAUAAUGAAAUUAAAGACUGAAUUUGUAAUACAAUUAAAACUUAUAAAUGUUGUCAAUGAGGCUGGCGCCGUGGCUCACUAGGCUAAUCCUCCGCCUUGCGGCGCCGGCACACCAGGUUCUAGUCCCGGUUGGGGCACCGGAUUCUAUCCCGGUUGCCCCUCUUCCAGGCCAGCUCUCUGCUGUGGCCCGGGAGUGCAGUGGAGGAUGGCCCAAGUGCUUGGGCCCUGCACCCCAUGGGAGACCAGGAGAAGCACCUGGCUCCUGCCAUCAGAACAGCGCGGUGCGCCAGCCGCAGUGCGCCUACCGCGGUGGCCAUUGGAGGGUGAACCAGCGGCAAAAAGGAAGACCUUUCUCUCUGUCUCUCUCUACUGUCCACUCUGCCUGUAAAAAAAAAAAAUGUUGUCAAUGAGAAGUAUGAGUAUGUAAAAUGCAAAAUCAAGUAUGUAAAAUUAAAAUUUUAAAUAUUACUGUUGUUAAAAAUAUUUUUGUUGAAGAAUUGCUACAAUUUUUAAUGGACAGAAAUAAAAAUGUUCAUUCUCCUGA